AUGUCGGGAGACGCGCGCGCCAAGGACAACAAGUCCUCGCUGAGCCAUCGCGCCCAGCAGAAGUUCAACGCCGGCAAGUACGAGGAGGCCGUGGACGCCCUGGAGAAGCUCGUGGAGGAGAUCGACCCCCGCCAGGACUUCAAGGUGCGCCACAAUGUGGCGCUGGCCAGGUUCGCGGCCGGACUGGACUCGCCCGACAAGCUGCAGGCCGCGCUGAGGCAGAACCUGCGCGCGCAGCUGCAGGAGCACGACAAGAACAGCAAGCCCGCGGCUGCUGCUGCGUCUGCGGGAGACGCUGGAGGAGCGGACGACGCGGCGGCUGCGGACGACAGCGGCUCGUUCUCCAUUGAGAGGGAGAUGGCCUACCUCCGCUACAACUACGCGGCGGCGCUGUUCCUGUCCAAGCAGUACGCGCAGGCCAGCUCGGUGCUGGAGCAGGUGAUGCGCAACGUGGACCCCAUCGACGAGAACGUGGCCAUGCACGCCAGCUUCCUGUACCUGGACGUGAUCCUGCACAGCAGCAGGGGCUGUGUGAGCACGGAGCGCGAGCGCGCCACGACGAUCAAGAAGGCGCAGGGCAUCUUGGCGUUCCUGGAGAAGCCCCAUCGGUUCAACACGGUGCAGGAGCUGCCCGACCACCUGGUGCAGCGGGACGCCAAUGGCAACGCCGUGGAGACGGAGGCGCAGAAGAAGAACCGGUGGGAUGUCACGGAGUUCCGCUUCAGGCUGCACCUGUACCGCGCCAAGUUCAUGCUGCUGCAGAGCAACUUGAAGACCGCGAAGAAGGAGGUCAAGUCCGCACUGGAGAUCUUCCAGAAGGAGAUCAAGACGUACGACCGGGGAGAUGCGGCUGCCGCGUCAUCGUCUUCGUUGGCGAUGGAGUCGGAGAAGACGAGCACGGCGAUCGGACACCCGUGCCUGGUGGUGCAGAACUCGACAGCGCUGUUUUUGAAGGCCAACCUGGAAUAUUUAAAGAAGAACUACAAGAAAUGUAUCAAGCUUCUGGCAUCGUGUACACAGGAAGCCGUGAGCGAGAGUGUUUUGUUGAAUAAUAUGGGCUGCAUCCACUACCAGAUGGGGCAGCGAAAGGCGGCACAGUCAUACUUUGCCAGAGCACUUCAAGCUACUACCAAGGCGACGAAGAUGGAUGCGGUCGUCAUUGCGAGCUCCGCCCGCCAUGAAAUCAUGUACAAUAACGGUCUGCACCUGCUGCUUCAGGGCGAGUACGCGCUGGCCUUCCGGUGCUUCCAUGAGUCGUCGAGGCUGUUUUUCAACCGACCCAAGCUGUGGCUGCGCCUCGGCGAGUGCUGUACUGCAGCUUUCGCGAAGGAGCAGAAAUUGGCGGUGGUGGCUGGAAACAAAAGCGGGCUGAUCCAGGGAAUUGUAGGUUCUGGUUCGCACCGUCGAGUGUUGCUUCCGACCAGCUUGCCAUCUGCAGCCUCGCAGGAUAUCAAGCUGCCCGAGAAGAACGGCAACGGUUCUCGUGCAACGUCUGCCGAUGCCAAUGACUCGGACGGUUCGCCGACGAUGAGCCUUCCAUUCGGCGCAAAGUGCUUCAAGAACGCGGUCUUGCUCUGCAACCAGCUCUUGGACUCUGGAAACGUGAACGGAAAUGCUGACACCAACGCCGCCGGCGAGGCAGCAGAUAGCGAAGUUCAGGAUGCGCAAGCUCUCAACGUGCUGCGGCAAAAGGCGCUGGUGAACCUGUCGUAUGUCUACUUGUCGAUGUACGAGCCCCAGCUUGCGAUCACAACUGCGAAGGAGCUGUUGGCACUUCCGACGUGCUCCAAGGCAAACAGCUUUUUGGCCCGAUCAUACACUGCGGAGGCUCUCUGCAUGCUGUCUCGGGCACCAGAGGCGACGGAGGCACUGCAAUCUGAGCGAGACUUGAUCGCUAUGGCCGAGGAAUACGCACGGGAAGCCAACAUCCAGUUGUCACGAGCUCGCGCCGGUGUCCACGUGAACAACGCGACGACACUUCUGCUGCAGGGACGCAACUCGGAAGCGGAGGAAAGCGUGACGCGUGCUGUGAGGGAAAACCCGAACUGCCGCGAGUCGCUGGAGCUGUUAGUCUACGUGUUGCUCAAGAAGGGCGACACGAAGAAGGCGCUUCGCGUUCUGAAAGAAGCACAAGUGGUGCAGUAA